GAUUCAUUACCAGAUUCGGUGUUGAAUGAUUCUUCAGCUCAUCAAAUAAAGAAAUCGAAUCGAACUUCUUGUUAUGGAGUGGAAACCGCUCGUAUCGAUUUGGAAGAUAAAAAUACAUACGUCCAACAAUUCAUUCCACAUUUAGAAGACAUGGCUACUCUUGUAGCAACUUUAGAAACGUUAAAUUAUCACUACAGGACUCAAUGCUUUGGAAAAUUCGACCAUCUUAAAAAUGUGAACAAAGUAAUCGAUAACUUGAUGGUACAAAACCGCAUCACACAAAAAAUGAAAGCACUUUGUGCUAAGAUGAGAAAAGAACUGCGUUCUCUUUAUUCUGAAAUUUGGAAAUGGAGCAAUGUAUACAAUUACAGUUCGCGUUCGUAUUUUCAUCUCUAUGGAUUGGUUUGGGACUCGAGUGGCCACAUUGACGAAAAAAAAACGAUAGAGAAAGCUUUAUCGAGUUCGAGACAUUUGAAUGAUGCCGAUUUCGUAUUCGAAAAAAUAACUAAACACUGUUUAGUGAAUUAUAUAAUGGAUUUUCCUCUGGAUUCAUUGAGUGAAAAAUUCAUCAGAACAGUGGAAGAAGAAAGAUUUUACAAACAUGAACUAACAUAUUACUGGAUAAAAUGUAAAACCAGGAUUACUCUUGAUAGAUUGGACGAAAGCUACUAUCCGUAUAAAUUUGCUUUAACUCAUGUGCUUAAUUCGUUGAAACGGGCUUUCAGCAGUAAAUAUCAAUGGUCUGCGUACGAAUACUUCUGGGAUUUUUUCAAUGAAAACGAUCAAGUGGAAAUGACCAUGAAUUUAAUUCAAAACGAUAAUUACAGAAAAUACCAGAAGAUUGUGUUCUCAAAAUUGAAUAAAAAUCAGCUCAAGUGUUUAUAUUCUGAAGCCCCUGUUACCAUUAUUGUCAACUUUUUAUCUUUGGGAGAACUCGAGCUAGCGAAAGCGACUUGGGAUCGUAUCAAGUUGACCAUUGAAUGUGAGGAAUACGAACUUCUACUUGAACAAAUCUGGAAGAAUUCAAAAUUACAUGUAAAAAACCGUUUGCAAUUUUCAGUUUAUUCAUGGAACACAGCACCCUCGAAUUUAAUCGAGUACCUGAUAAAUGUGAAAAAUUGUCAAAUUGCGGACACGCUUUUGCAAGGAAAACCAAUGCUUGAAAGUUCCAGUAGGUGUAAAUUUCUGAAAGCUGUUUUGUCUCAAACAACGCUCAAAUUCAAAAAGAAAUUUUUCCUGCAAGCUGGAAGAUGUUUAGCUUUGAAUCAUCCGGAUGUGUUCAUUUCACUGAUUAAUCAUUGUUUGAACGAAAGUGACAGUGUGGCAAUCAGAGAAAAUUUACUGAUCGAAGCAAUGGAGGAGAAUCCACCAGCUGGAAUUAUGCACCGUUUUCGAGAUUUAUUUAUGUACUCGAGUCGUGAAGAAUUUGACAAAUUCCUCGAGUUAUUCACUUCGAAACCAACUUUACAGACACAAUUCAAGCAGUGUUUGUUAGCAUCUGAAUUACUAAUCACCAGAGUACUGUGGAAAACUGAUUAUUGGGAAAAAUUGUGCCAAUUUAUAGACGAGUUGUAUCCGAACCGAGAAGUAGCUCGAUAUCAAAAGAGGAAUGUUGUUCAUUCUUUUUUACGGACUCACUGCACUUACCACGAUUGUUACCGACCAAAUGGCGAUGAAAAAUUUACCGAAAUUGAUAACCUCUUAAAUCAAGUUCUUACACCUCAAGAAGUAAUCACUGCCAAAGAAAAUAUAGCCAAUAGUUUUCUAGAAGCAUAUUGUCGACUUGGUUAUUUUAGAUCUUUGAAAAGAAUGAAUGUGCAGAGAUUCGCUACGUGGUGUUAUUGCGGCGAUGACAAGAACAUUGAGCGUUUCAGACGUUCGCUUCCAAUUGAUGAAUUAUUUCGUGAUCUUUUGAGUGAAAUAGUUGAACGACACGUUAAUGGCAGAGAUGACGAGUUAUCAUUUUCUUCAUUAGACGAGCUCUUAUGUUGGAAAUUUUCAUCGAAAACAAGUGAAAUAAAAAAAUUCAAGUCCCAUGAAUUAAACAAAAUCAUGAAAAGUGAGGCAGAAGAACGCUUUUUGUGGAAAACGAGCAUAUAUCCGCGUGUCCUGAAUGAAGUUAUUGAAUGGGGUUUCCAUGGCGAUAAGCACCAGAUUCAAGAAUUUGAGCACCAUUACUCAAAAACAGAUAUGAUGAAAAUUAUUCACUGGUUGGGUUUUGAAGAAGAGUCCGACGGCUGCGGAGAGUACUACUGUCAUACCAGUGAUGAAUCAGAUGGUGGAAGACGCCAUUUUCCUAAACUUACCGAUGAUGAGUUAGACUCUGACUAUACGGAUAGCGAUAGUGAGGUUGAUAAGUUUGACUCUGACUAUGAAAACUAUCAUACAUAGCAUGAACGAAGAGUCUGACUACCUAUAGUGCUACUGAUUCUCAUUAAUUUAUAAAAUUUAUACCAUACCUACAUUUACUAUCUACCUUUAAGAUACAAUUUGAUAAUAUUUAAUAGGUAGGUACGUGUGGAUUGAAAGGUUCACAUUUCGUCCAGUUGUUUAUCGUUGACUGGCACAUUAUGUACUUAUACCUAUUUAAACAAAGUUUUUGUUUUUAUUCAUUUUAAGUUUUGUAAUCUACCUAAUACAUAUGAACUCUUA